CCGUCUUAGAAGAUUUAAAAUCUGAGACCUUUUCCAGCAGUUAGAGCGUCACUGAGGAUUGGCAAACUGCGCACAGAACUUCUCCGCCGUGCGUCUGAGUAGGCUACUUUGCGCUGUCAGCCGGUUGUUCAGGAUGCUAAAGGCACCACAUCUCUGCCAAGGCAUGCUCGCGAUCUUCAUGUGGUUCACACACAUCAUGGAGGACCACAAAGCCCAAGCCGGUAAUUGUUGGGAACAGCAGGGGAAGAACGGCCGGUGCCAGGUACUGUACAAGUCCGGGAUGAGUCGCGAGGUCUGUUGUCGUAGCGGUCGCCUGGGCUCCGCCUGGACCGAAGAGGACGUCCCCAACAGUACGCUCUUCCGCUGGAUACUCUUCAACGGAGGUGCGCCGAACUGCAUUCCAUGUAAAGAGAGCUGUGCCAGUGUGGACUGUGGUCCAGGAAAGCGCUGCAAGAUGAACAAGAGAAACACGCCCCGGUGUGUGUGUUCUCCGGACUGCUCCGACAUAGCCUCCCAGGGGCCUGUGUGUGGUUCUGAUGGGAGGUCGUACCGGGACCAGUGCUCCCUGCUCCGGGCACGCUGUCGGAACCGUCCGGACCUGGAAGUACAGUACCGGGGCCGCUGCCGCAAGACGUGUCGUGGUGUGCGUUGCCGUGGCAGCUCAUCAUGCGUGGUGGACCAGAGUAGCAACGCCCACUGUGUGACCUGUAACACGAAAUGUCCGGACGUCUCGACAGAGAUGCACCUGUGUGGGAAUGACGGCGUGGUGUACCCCAGUCCCUGCCACCUGCGCAAGGCCACCUGCCUGCUGGGCAGGUCCAUCGGGGUGGCCUACGAGGGCAAAUGCAUUGACGCCAGGUCGUGUGCGGACAUCGUGUGUCGGGGAGGUAGGCAGUGUCUGUGGGACGAGGAGAGCGGGCGUGGGCGCUGCUCCCUCUGUGAGGAGGGCUGUGGAGAGGGGCGCCCCGGAGAGACAGUGUGUGCCAGUGACAACAACACCUACCCCAGUGAGUGUGCCAUGAGGCAGGCUGCCUGCGCCCUGGGACGCCCCCUGGAGGUCAAACACUCGGGAUCCUGCAAUUGCCUGCAGUAGACCUCCACCCCCCCUGCCCCCACUGCCCAGGACCUCCACCCCCCCAGCCCCCGCUGCCAAGACCUCCAUGGCCACCACCCAUCCCUUUCACCUCCCAGCCCUCACUGCCCAGGACUUCUUCCCACAAACCCCUAGCACCACCCCCAGCCCCCACCACCACUGUCUGGGACCUCCACCACAACCACCCAGCCCCUCCACAACCCAGCCGGGGUCCUGGAGCCCCAGACUGCCUCAUACAUCAGGGCUGAAGGGGACCGGGGUGGAAGGAGACCAGGGGUGGAAGGAGACCAGGGGUGGAAGGAGAGGGAACGUUGUUGUGAGAAUGUAGACUGUUACUGCUGCUGGUCUAUGGAGUGGGACUCCAGCUACCAGGAUUUUCCUUUCUACAGCAAAGGAGUAGGAGGAAGAGGAGGAGGAAGAGGAGGAGGAAGAGGAGGAGGAAAUGGGAGGAAGAGGAGAAGAAAGAGUAAAAAGAGACCGGGACUUCUGGGAUUCUGUAUUAAAAAAAACCUUAGUUUAACCCAGACAGCAAAAACUCUCCUACCAUCCUGAAUCAUUUUAUUGUACAUAAUUCUAGGACAACUAUUUAUUGUCUAAAGAAGAAACCAGAAAUGACAGCCUUCAUAUAUAUUUCUUUAUAAUUCUUCGAAAUGUGUUUACUGUGUAUUUAUAGAUGUUGUCAUAUUAUUUAUACAUUUACAGUGUGUGUUGGAAUGUGAUAUAAACCUUGUUGUCCCUCACUAAUAUAAUAGACUGUUUUCAUAUUGAUGUGAACCAGCCAGCAUUACCCCCCCCCCCCCCCCCUCUCCGUGGAAACGAUGCUCCCACCCUCCCAUUCUCUAAUUGUACAUUUGUGUACAUUUAAGGCACUUGUUUUGUUUACAAACUCAAAAUUUAUUGAAAUGAUUGUCUUGUUUUCUUUUGAGUAUAGACAAGUAUAAACAUUACGGCCUCAGCUGAGUGGGUCACAUGACCCUAACCGACUUUCUAGUAGGAAUUUUCUUUUUUUUAAACUUUUUUGGUGACUAUCUGUUCACCAUGUACUGGAUAGGGGUUAAGCCCCCCUCUUCACCCUGCCCCUCUAAGGCUCAAUGCUUCUCUAGGUCAAGUGUUAAACAUAUGGUUUGUCUCAAUCAUGGAUGUUCAUAUAACUUCAGCAUGAAACAUUUACUAUGGAAAGAAGUGCCACACCUAACCCCUUGGUAUGUCUAGUUAUAUUAUUUUGCACAUAGAGAUGUAGUCAUAAAUAUAGAGUUUUGUAUUUUUGAAGUGAAUGUUGCAACUGCUAGUUAUAAUGUCUGUGCAAGCAUACAAAAUAAAUGCAUUCGGUUUUUCCUUC